CUUGCUGCUCUUUAGAAAUCUAAACAUCUACCCCUCCCCCUCCUUCCUGACUGACAGCCGAUUAGUCACAGCUCCUUUUUAUACCCAAGCUUUUUCAACCCAGUAGUCGCAGAAAAUCACUCAAUUGCCUUUCCAUCUCCGCUAGUAUUCUUGUCGCAUACUUGUGCUCUCUGAAAAUGAUGUCCCGCCAACCGAAGCUACGGCCAAAGUCGCACAUUCCCGGCUUUCCAGAUGGCAUGUACGAUCUUGCGACAAUGUCGUCUUUGUCGCAGUUGGAAGCUCGCGUAUCGCUAGGAGAAGAUAAGCACGACCAACGUGUCUUUCGCGUUAAGCGCAAGCAUGUUCUCAAGGCUUGUGAUCGCUGCAGAGUCAAGAAGACCAAGUGUGACGGGAAACAGCCAUGUAACCGCUGUUCCGCGUAUAACCAUCCAUGUCUCUUUCGGGAGAGGAAGGCUACGCAGACAAAGGUCUAUUCGCGAGGGUUCGUUGAAAUGCUCGAAUCGCACCACUCACUUGUCGUGAAAGCACUACAGAGGCUAUAUAAGCUCUGCCUAAAUAAAGACGGUUUUCCGGGAGAGCCCCUUACAGAGUCCCCUGAUGGUUAUCCUUUGACGCACGCAAUUUUGGACCGCCUCGGACUAAUAAAACAGGCCGAGGAGAAUGCAGAUGAACAAGAUGAAGACUCAGAAGAUCUUCAAUACCUGCGGUAUAUGGCUUCUACUGAUUGCAGCGCAACCACCGAUCCAUCUCCAGAGCCUGUUACUCCCCCGGAGCCCUCUCCAAACCACUGCAGUCCUGUAAACUCCUCCACUAAGGCCGGUGGUCAUUAUAAAUGGGAAUACCAACCUGUUCACUCGGCUCAUCAUGAACAAUAUGCCGGCUACCAACAUUCGGGGUUCCAUAGCGUGACAAUGCCUCGGUCAGCGGUGGAGGCAGCUGGCCUUGUAGCUGAGAGCAAGUGUUCUGGAACAUUACCUCCAGUGUCUAACACAGAGAACUCAUAUUACUAUUAUACGGGUACCAGUGGCAACGCAGAAUCAACGAAAGGCCCUCUUCAUCCUGGAGCGACCGCAGGACCAAGGACUCAUCAUCAUUCUACCGGUAUGCCUGCUGAAAUUCUCGGUAACUAUAGCCUUCAUUUGUACGAACAACAAUCGCUCUACCAGGGCCUUGCACCUAGCUGGGCAUCCUACCCAUGUGGUUAAACUUCUUCUGACCCUUUUGAGGGGAAUCUUUGUCCUGUACCCUUUUCUUGAUCAUCUUUUCCUUGGCUAGUAUCUUUUAUCUUUCUUCUAUCUCGAUUCCCGUUAACGAGGUCUUUAUACACGCGUAGGACGCGUUGGCACACCCAUUUGGUUUCCUUUCUUCACCUUACCUCUCGCUUCACUACCGUCUGAGUGCGUGGCAUAUACCCCUCUCUUCAUCCUGAGCUAUCCUCAGACCUCUUUUACCAUCAAUAUCCAGCGUAGUAAACGCAUGGCCCUCUUAUGGGAGACAGAAGCCGAUCCAAAUCGGCCUGCCCAACCUUGGGCAAGGUCGAGGCAUUGAUUAUG